CUCUCUUCCUUCCCUUGCUCUAUGCUGAUUACUUUUUUUCUGAGUAUUUCAGCGCAGCCUUGUCUGCCUAGUCCGGGCCAGUUCGAUCAAAGACAGACUCAAGGACUGAUUUCCUUGUGACACACAACUUUUGACUUGAUCUUUUACUUCAUCAUUCAUCUCUUUCGGCCUCACAAGCCCUCAGAAGUGUUGUCUUCAAAAUCAUCGACUGGUGCUCCUACCACCGUCACUAUGAACGCGACUGCGCCAGUCGUGACUGGCUCCGAAACCGCCAUCCUGGAGGGGCUCAUUCCUGGGUACGCGUUUAUCUCCCGACUCCUACUUUCAUACCUGCAAAUCGACCUCUCCCUCUACAUCCCCUAUAUCAUAACCGCCACUUGUAUCUACUUCGCCUCCGACUUUGUGUACAGCUACGUUGAGCACCUGUUCUGGAGCUAUUUCAUGGCUUCGGCGGAGGUCCGUAUUCAAGACGACGUCUACACUUAUCUCAUGUUCUGGAUUUCGCGGCACCGGACCAUGCAGAACACCGUCCACAUCUACGCGAGCACCCAACUCGCGAGCGGUUGGUACUACUACAACUCAGAGGACUCAGACCAAGAGUUCGAUGCGGAAAUCGACGAGGAAGAGAUUGCAAAGAGCAGUUUUGACGAAUGCUGGAGUCAGAUCAUCGCGCGGGACCGCACCAAGCGCCUACGCUUCACGCCCUCGAAUGGGGUCCACCACUUCCAGUACAAGAACCGCACGGUGUUCUUCCAUCGUAUCCGUGACCAGUCGGCCCAGUCCCUCUACAUGCAGGACAUGUCGGAGCGAUUGAUCAUUUCGUGCUUUGGACGGGACACUACCCUCCUCAAGCAGCUGCUCGCGGACGCGCAAGCGGCGUACGUCGCCCGCGAUGGCAACCACACGAUCAUCUACCGGGGCCAAAAGGCGAACGGCCAUACCGACUGGGUCCGCUGCAUGGCGCGGGCCCCCAGGGCUUUGUCUACGGUGGUGCUCGACCAGGCUCAGAAGGAUGCCUUUGUGAACGACAUCAAGGAAUACCUGCAUCCGAGGACCAGGCGAUGGUACUCCAACCGGGGAAUCCCUUACCGUCGGGGAUACUUGCUUCACGGUCCACCGGGGACGGGUAAGACGAGCCUGAGCUUCGCGGCUGCCGGGGUGUUGGGCGUCCCGCUGUAUCUGUUGAAUCUCAGCUCCAAGACCUUGGACGAGGACGACCUGAUGACGCUGUUUCACCGACUCCCCCGACGGUGCAUUAUCUUGUUGGAGGAUGUUGACUGUGCGGGCAUCACGCAAAAACGCGGGGCUGGGGACAAGGACAAGGCCACGGCCACGGACACCAACAGUACUGCCGGUGCCACAGCCCCAGGCGACAAGCCCGAUGGCGCCGCUCCGGAGAAGCAGGGUAUUUCGCUGUCCGGCCUUCUCAAUGUGAUUGACGGUGUGGCUGCCAACGAGGGCCGCAUCCUGAUCAUGACCACCAACCACCCCGAGAAGCUGGAUGCGGCGCUGCUCCGUCCGGGGCGCGUCGAUAUGAGCAUUGCUUUCGGCUAUGCGCAAAGCCACGAUGUCGAGAAACUGUUCGCGUCGAUUUACUCUACGCUGGAGGGCGAUCUACGAUCUGGAGAGAUGGGGUCUAGUCUUGAGGAGGAGACCAAAGCCUGUUUGUCCAACGGAGGAGUCAAGGCUGUGAAUGGGGUGCACCCGGCUGCAACGCCUCUGGAAAGGAUCUCGGAGUUGGCUCGGCGAUUUGCCGCACAGGUGCCAUCUGGUGAAUUCACCGCUGCUGAGGUUCAAGGUUAUCUGCUCAACUACAAGUCUGACCCCCACGGGGCGAUCGAGGGAGCGGCGCAGUGGCUCAAGAGUACGCAGGAGAUGCGUCAGAAGCGUCUGGAGAAGUUGAACUUGAGCCAGUAGGAAUAUGGCUUCCGAUGUCCUCCGAUGGAAUUUGCACCGACUAGAUUAGAGCAGUCAGAUAGUCGUCAUUCAUCAUACUACUUUGCAGUUCGUAC